CGCACACAUACACUGUAGUGAUGUCAUUUGAAGCGGAGUUUGGGGCUGUGGACCGGAGCACCAUUCGUUGAAUCUCUUUACUUUGAAAUGGACGUUGACUUUUGAAAAAGCCACGAUGCACAAUGUAGCUUAAAAUGGACGCGAUGUCAUUUCGUGACCAGGAAUAGUUAAAGUCGCGAUCGCCCAGUCAUGGAAAGUUAAGAGUAGUCAAAAAGCGUCAUCGCCCGGAAGAUAGCAGAAAAAUGGGCGAAGCGAAAAGCCGCCGCCACCCCGGCACUUCUUCGUAGGGCGGCUUCAUGUCCCCCUCCUCCCCGAUGCUUCCGAAGACAGCACCCGUGUCUCCAGCUCCGCCCGUCCCACCGAGGAGACUCCGUGGCCGGGACGGGGGCUUGGGCAAGACGCGGCGGGCCGGAGGAGCGGAGAGGCGGGUGAAGUGUGUCCUGGUGGGCGACGGAGCUGUGGGUAAAACCAGCCUGGUGGUCAGCUACACUACCAAUGGAUACCCCACCGAGUAUGUCCCCACUGCCUUCGACAACUUCUCCGCGGUGGUUUCAGUGGAUGGGCAACCAGUCAAACUUCAACUUUGUGACACAGCUGGGCAGGAUGAGUUUGACAGGCUGCGCCCGCUCUGUUACACCAGCGCGGACGUUUUCCUGCUGUGCUUCAGCGUGGUCAGCCCCGUCUCCUUCCAGAACGUGCCUGAGAAGUGGAUCGCCGAGAUAAGGAGGCACGCCCCCUUCGCGCCGCUGGUUCUCGUUGGGACUCAGUGUGACCUCCGAGAAGAUGUCAAGAUUUUGAUCGACUUGGCUAAGUACCGAGAGAGGCCGGUGGACCCAGCCGAUGCUAGAGAAUGUGCGGCUGAGAUCGGUGCUGUGGCUUACGUGGAGUGCUCAUCGCUGACCCAGAAGAACUUGAAAGAAGUUUUUGACACGGCCAUUCUGGCCAGCCUGCAGAACCAAAGCUCCCAGAAGCACUCCAGAGGGAAACCGAAACGGCGAACCAAGCAAAUGCAGACGCCCGAUAAGAUGAAAAGUUUGUCCAAGUCGUGGUGGAAAAGGUACUGCUGUGUGGCGUAAAGCACUCCAGAUUGCUAUCCUGACAACACUUUCGAGACAAACCUGAACUCGGAGCCUGAGUCAAACCUUUUUAAGGAGUGUUGAUGGAAACCAAAGUUACAUUUGUGUUAUCACGUGGGACAUUCACGACCGAACUCCAGUCUCUUUCGGCGUGCACUGAAAAAAACAAGAAGACGUGUGUCCUUGAGCUAGUCCAGUCAAUGGGUGAUCCGACUGCAGCGUGACCCUUUGUUGGGAUGUCUAUCGUGACCUGCUGGGGCAGCAAACGGACGGUGGAGGAGGCUGAUUUCGGCAAGAAGUGAAACAUUGUUGAGAAUUAUUUCCCUCUAUUUGAAUGUGAAGAGAUCACAUCUCUUUAAGACCUUCUUUUAGCACCUGAAUUGAACAUCGCAUUUACGUGGGGUUAGAGCUCAGUCCACUUAUUUGAUUAGCCAAACUGAAACUGAACGUCUGACGGCGAGUCCACCAAAUGGACAUUAUGGAAGUCGCAGCAUGUAAACAGCAAAAUGGACCAGACCAAAGAAAGACCCACACUUCCUACCGCUGUUCUUUUUCUCCGUAGUAGACAACCCAAAGAUGGUUGACCAGGUCAGUUGGUAAAAAGCCCAAGAUUAAAAUGCUUAAAGUGCUCAUAGCGCUACUUAUGCUAUCUGAAGAAGGUCAAGACAAUACCCGGCCAAGAGAUUAGUAUCAAAGUCUUAUCCCGUAACAGGAAGUGAGUUGUUCGGUUGCAUCGGCAUCGAGGAUCUUAACGCUAUGACUUCUAGUGAAGAUAACCGUAAAUCCUCUGCUUGCUGGCACGCGCUUGACCACGACUGUCAUCCAUUUCCUUUUUUAGACUUUUUGAUUAUCAUGAGAUCAUCGCUUCCAGGUGCAGAUUGUUGAGGGCUUUCUUUAUCUGUUGGGUUGUGGCACACUGUAUGAACAAAAGUAUGCGGACAUUACGCAGGCAGGACGUGAACACGGAAGAAAAUAGGGAGUUAGUCCCUCUUAGCAACAAUAACAGCUUGCACGCUUCUGAGAGCCUUUUACAAGAUGUUGCAAUGUGUCUCUGGGAUUUUUUUUUUUUUUUUUUUGUCCAUUCAUCCAGCUGUGAGAUCAGCGAUGCUGGACCCGAGAGAAGCCCCCGGUGACUCACAAGCUCUUCUCUAGUUCAUCCCAACAGUGUUUGAUUGGGUUCGAUUGUGCAAUUGCAACAGAAAAGGGUCUUCCCUUUAACGUAGAAGCAUACAAUUGUUCAAAAUCUGUUGCCAUUAGACUUUACAUGAUCAGGAUUUUGGAGCUGAUCGCUGAUCUCAGAUAGGCAAGUUAUAAAAAAAAAAAAAAAACUGAUGAUAAGAUGGAUCAAACUAUUAAAAGUAUUUAUACAAUUAUGUUAUUUGUGGGGGGCCCACAAUUCACAUAUAACUGAUGUCUAUUGAAAAGCAUUGGGAAAAAAUAAUAUUUCAACUGAAAAAUUCCCCCAAACUCUGGUGAACAUUCUAUACAUGAUAAAAAGGCCGACUCAGACAAUCCGAUCUGUGUGAAAUCUACUUGUCAUUAUUGUUGAAUUAAAACUCAAAAGGACCUAAAGUGUCUUCCAAAUCCCAUGUAGAGAGUAUGUGCUAAUACUCUUGUUGGUAGAGUGUGCGCCAUCUUCCAAAGUGUCCAACAGUGAUGACCACUAGCCCUGGAACUUCUUUUGCAGCCCAUUCAGUUCCAUGUUGUCAUCCAAAACACACCGAAACAUAAAGUAUGCGCCGUCCACACCCUCUUUUGUGCAUUGUUGUUCCCAAAGUCAGGUCAAAAGUCAACAAGUGUAUCUUUUCUCCAAGGUCCAGUUGUAAAAACGGGUCUUUGUGUUUCGUGUGUCAGCAUCAGAAAGGAUAAGGGCGUGAGCAAGUUUGGAGUAUGGAAAGAUUUAUAUAAGUGCAUAUGAUUGAAAACACGUGUGAGAAGAAGGCAAAGCAUGACGACCGCGCAAUAUUGUUCAUGUGUCCAUCUGCACAAAUUAAGAUAAUAUAUUACGAUAGAAUAAAAAGGUUUGUUUAUCACUGUUUAUCCAAAUUCCAAUAUCUUCCUCAGUCGGAAAGGUUUUUUAUCAGCGAUUACCCCCCCACCCCCCGAAAAAAGUGUCUAUUAAACGUUUUCUUUGACACAAGCCAACAAGUUUGGUCAUAAGAAGGAAACCAAGAUUGACAAAACCAAGUUUCGAUUUUAGUAUCAAGCUGUGAUUGUAUCACUGGAAUUGUUUGGUCAUUCAGAUGUUCCAGUUGCCAAUGAAUGGCCCCUCUGUGUCCAUCCUGAUAGCGAUACAUUGUUUGUCGGCGGGGAAAGUGCGCACAAAGAGGCCUGUCUUGCAGUUUAUGCGCAGCCUCGCAGAGUGACGGCACAUGGAAGUAGGCCAAAGGUCACAGACCCUCUUGUCGGUCGACGGUUUUCCUUGUCAGCUUUUUCCAGUUUUCCUCUGCUUAUGCUGAUGAUUUAAAAGACGAGAGAAACAAAUGUCAUCGUUCAUCUGGAUUCUGUGCUCAUUUGCUUAUACUUGAUGAUAUUUGGCAUUAAACUGAUUCUGUUCAUGCUCCUCUCAACUUAUUUGAACCGUGGCGCGCACAAAGCGUGACAUUUGACGGCUUCCAUUAGUACUGUCAAGAUGUCAGUCGAAACACCAAAUUUGUGAUCCAUUUGAGGUAUAAAACACAAUCUUGUCACUGUUUUUUUUUCUCUCCCUUUAAGCUCAUUAAGACAGAAGCAGGCUGUCUAGAGAGGUGUACACAUGUACUCCAAAUACAGAACGAUUGUUUUCUUUGUCAUUUCAGCAUUUGUUAACAAAUAUAAUCUGUUGCUGCAGUUGUUUGAGACCAGAUGGUCUGGGCUCCAAUCCAAAAGGAUGUUUGUACUAAAGUUUUAUACUUUGAGAAGUAAAGGACCUUUGCAAUAAUA